AUGCAGCAGGGCCCGGGUGGCCAGAAAGCUGUUGUUGAUCAGCCCUUCUGCGUGAAAGGCAAGGGGCCAAUCCUGGUUUGCAGAGGGAAGGCCGUUGUCCUGCCUGGGUCAACAGGCUAUGUCUCCAGAAUGGGGCCAGAAGCCCCCGCCUCAGCACACUUCCCUAAGAGGGCAGGCACUGAUGUGGAUGAUGACUGUUCCUAUGGAGCCCAGAUUGUAGACGGAGAGUUGGAAUGGGGUCCCUCAGAUGAAGAGAAUGAGAGGCACCUACUCACCUUGCAAACGCUGCCUUUUACCACAGAUGAGACUGACCAGGAGAUGAGCCAGUUGGCUGUGCAGCCUGCAGAAGGGAUGCACAUCAUGGAGCCGCAGGGAGAAAGUGGUUUACAAUCCUUGCUAGGGUGGCAGCAAUACAUCAAUGUCCAACCAGAGUUAAAUGAGAUACCCCACCAGGAUUUGCCCCACUAUGUUGAAUUAAGCAUUCCAGAAGAGAUCUUUUCACUUCAAGAAAUGGAGAUGAUAGAGAAUUAUAUCAGGGAAGAAAGUGCUGAAUUUUUCAAUGAAGAAGAUAAAUGGACACUUGACUUACCAUUUGAUGAAGACACAGAAUUAUUAAAGGAUCAAGGCAAAAGUAUGUAUGGGGCUGAAUGGGAGGUCCAAGAGUUAUGUGAAGAAAGAGAAUAUACUGAUCCAAAAGAAGAAAUAGUUAAUUUUGAAACAUUUAGAGACGGAGAAAAGGAAGAAAUCAUUCUGCUACCUGCCAACUCAGAAAUAGAAGAGCAUGAAGAUAUGCAUUCACCACAACAAGAUCUUGAUGAGGUCUCCCAAACUGCAAAAAAUCAAGCAGAGACAAAGGAAAUGAAACGGACCUUCCACUGUGAAAUCUGCAAAUUCACUUCUUCCAAAAUGUCAAGUUUGAAUCGUCAUAUGAAAACACACACUGGUGAAAAACCUCAUAUGUGCCAUCUGUGUCCAAAAGCCUUUCGUACUGUUACUCUUCUACGGAAUCAUCUGAAUACACAUACAGGCACCAGACCAUAUAAAUGCAGCGACUGUGAAAUGGCAUUCGUGACUAGUGGUGAACUUGUGCGACACAGGCGUUAUAAACAUACUCAUGAGAAACCAUUUAAAUGUUCAAUGUGCAAAUAUGCUAGUGUAGAAGCAAGCAAAUUGAAACGUCACAUACGUUCACAUACAGGAGAACGACCUUUUCCCUGUAGUUUCUGUAACUAUGCCAGCAAAGAUAUCUUUAAACUGAAAAGACACAUGACAUCUCAUUCAGGUGAGAAACCGUAUGAAUGCUCUAUCUGCUCUGCCAGAUUCAGCCAGAGUGGUUCCUUGAAAAUACAUAUACUACAGAAGCAUAGUGGAAACGCCCCCAAACAUCAGUGUCCACACUGUGCUACACUCAUUACAAGAAAAAGCGACCUACGUGUCCAUUUGCGAAACCUACAUUCCUAUAGUGCUACAGAGAUGAAAUGCCGUUACUGCACUGCUACAUUCCACGAACGCUACGCUCUCAUCCAGCACCAGAAAACUCACAGAAAUGAAAAACGGUUCAAAUGUGAUGUCUGCAGUUAUGCCUGCAAACAGGCACAGCACAUGACAAUACAUAAACGUAUCCACACAGGAGAGAAACCAUUUACCUGCCUUUCCUGCAACAAAAGUUUCAGGCAGAAACAACUUCUCAAAGUUCAUUUCAAGAAAUACCACGAUGAAACAUCUGUACCUCCUGUUCAUGAAUGCCCUAAAUGUGGCAAAGGUUUUUCACGAUUGAAUAAUAUGCGCAAACAUUCUGAACAUUGUGAAGUGGUGAGAGGAAAGGCUGUUCUAUCAGCAAAAGGAAAAAAAAACGAAAAAAACCAAAAGGGCCCAGAACAAGGUGCAAGGGAAGAAGUUAUUGAGGAGAUGCCAAUUGAAGAUAUUUCCAUUGUAAACAUAGAGAAUGCUACAGAUGAAAUGGUUCCUGUUGUAUAUGGGAUGACAACUGAUGUUGAACAACCACAAACAGAAAUUACUUUUGAAAUGAUCCUCAAUAUGAUGGAACAGUGACGCAGUUUAAAAUUUUGCAUUUCCUUUUUGUUCUUCAUUUUUUGGUUUUUUAGUGUCUUUAAUUCUAAACACAGUAUGAAUGCAUGUUUAAGAAAAUUUAUUGUAAAGAACUUUUCAGAUGUUUUUAGUGGUGCCUAAAUUUGCAUAUUUACUAGGGUAAAAUGUUUAGAAAUCUAUUGAAGUUAUUUCUGUUCAUAUCAAUUUUGUUAAAGGGCUUACAAUUCUGAAUCAGAGCAUCUUAACUUUAAAGGCAUUAAACCAAUCCAGGUUAGGAGAUUUUCAAAUUAUAAAUAAUGAAGAAUGAUAUUAAUGUUACUCUUUUGAGGAAAGACUACAUUAUAUGUGAUCUUAUGGUAACUGGUAGUCAAAAACAGAAUUUUUUCUGUUUAUUUAAUUAUAUGAAUUCACAAUAUUUCCAAAUAAUUCAUCCUGUUUAAAAUGUAUAUUACUUAGAAAAAUUUUAGACCUCUUGUAUAGGUCUAGCUUCUUGUAUAAAAGCUUGUAUAUAGCUUUCCUGUGUAAAAGCUGACCCUGUCAUAAACCUUAAAUUAAAACUUUUAGUAAUAAUAAUUUUAUUUGACUUAUUUUAACUUACAUAGAACUUUAAAUUCCUGUUAUGAAAUAACCUGAAAAAUUACUCCAUAUGGAAUGAGAAAUGAUAAUAUGAAUUAGUCUAGAAAUCAAUGAAGAAUAUAUAUGAAGGUUUAAAAGAGAUUUACUUUUUAGAAUUUGUAUUAUUCAUUGCAUAUGUUUUAGACAGAUGCAAAACUCCCCUAAAUAUAAUAUCAGAGAGCUAAGCUAUCAUCUAUUGGUACAUCAAUUCAUAUCUCUUAUUAUUCAUAUUGUUAUUCAAGGAAGUUUAUAAUUCCAAAGGUAAUUGGCAAAGUGAACAACAUUCAUUAUAGUCAUGAAACUACCUAUUUAUGAGAAAGGUGGUGUAUUUUAAACUUGUGUUUUUGACAUGGGAAUAUUGGAUCUACUUUCUCAUAGCAUGAGACUUGUUAUAUCAUUUCAAUUUCAAUGAACAAUUAUGUUUAUUUAUGAUGAGCCAAAUUUUUCUCUUUUCCUUCAUGGAACAAUUACUUAGUAUGUUUAAGCCCAGCUUUUCAAUGUUUGAGAGUCACUGAGAAGUCAAUUCAAGUUCUGAGAUUUUGAUAUAUUUUUUAAAAUGUUCCAAAUACAGAAGCUCUACACAUUUUAAUAUAUAUUGGAAAAUUAAUUAAAAAGAAUUUAAAUUUUGUAGUCUAGUCUGUGCUAUUAUGACAAUCAUUUUAUUAUAUGAGAAACUUCUCAAAUUUUACUAUUACUUCAAAUAACUUUAAUGAAAUGCCUUUUAAAAAAACUCAUGAAUUAUGACCCUUUAAAAUGGUGCAUUUUGUAUCAAAAAUGUGAUACUUCCUUUUGGUAAUAUGAAUGUUGACUUUAGAAAAAAUUGUUUAGACAGGGAAGGUAGCCAUGACAUUCAGAAAGAAUGCCUUAUUACAUUUCAUAUUACUAGAAAGUUUAAAAUGUUUGUGCUGAAAAAUGUUCAAGUGACAUUUUGAGACCUCUAAAGACAAUAGGUUAAGAAGCAGAUAAGGAAAAAAAGGUUUUAAAAACCAAUGCUGUCUCUGAAGACCAC